UUUUCCGCUGUAGACAGGAAGCAAACAUUGUCAGAAACAUUCCAGCUGCAGAAAGCCCUGACAAAUACUGCAGAAAACAAGAAAGGGGGUGGUCAACUACACAUCCAGAGCCCGUGGAUGGAAGUCAUGGGUCCUGAAAGAAUUCUUCCGAACUCUGAAGAGGAACUGGGACACGACCGCCCGACAGAUGGAGGGGCAGUUCCCGACGAGUGGAGUGGCGAGGACAUGGAGGAAGAUGAAGCAGGUGCGGCAGAUGAAGAUGAUGAAGACAAUGGAGGCUACUAUUACCAACCACUCAAUCAAGAUCCAGAGGGGAUGUCAGUACCCACCGAACAACCAGAUGAGGCGGGCUCACACGCCGAACAGAUCCAAGAAGUCCAAGAACGAAUCGAGGCGAUGGGUCUCUUCCUGCCCCAGCCACCCCCUCCAGACAGCGAUGAGGAGGAAGACCCAGACGGGGAAGCUGCAUGCAGGAGCCGAGCCUCCAUCCCCAUGGAUGCAGACCACGUAGAGCUGGUGAAGAGGACCAUGGCAGCGGUGGCCCUGCCCUCGCUGGGCAUCCCGCCCUGGGCACAGGAGAUCUCAGACGACCAGUGGAAGGACAUGGUCCAGCAGACCCUAGACUCCCGGCAGAGCGCAGCCGCCCUCCCGCUGAACCUCAAAUGAAGACCUGGGGAGCCGGCACGUAUGACUGUACAGACAGGAGGCCUAUAUCGUCUAUAUCCAACUCCUCUGGUCCAGUGCCCUUCACACAUUUCAUCUCAUCUGUUACCUACCUUCUGCACUAGAGACGAUUAUCAAGGGGGCAUUGAGGUGGAAAGGUGAAGGGGAAUUGGUAGUAUUGUGUUGAAAUGUGCAGCCACGUGCAGAAAGCGUUGAAGCGGUAAGAGAUCUGUCCCGCUUGGUGCAUUUAUUCAAACUGGAUGAUUGAGCUAUUUCUGCUGUAUGGAUGUUUUUGUUUAUUGAUCAGGAUUGUUAGAGAAAAGGCCACAGACUGGCACGUACAUGUUAUCUUAUGGAUGCAUUCGUUGUGGUAAAUCACAAUGUGCACAGAAUUUAAAUUCAAACUUGCCCAGAACCCAUAUCAUUAUAGCACUCUGAAGAACCUGGCAAGACCUUGAUGGUGUAUUUCACUGAAACAGGGUACAGUUCAUUUCCGGACCCCUAAAGCUUGGAUUUCAACCAUAAGACCAUUCAACGGCUAACUGGGUUUGUUUACUCAGAUUUGUCUCAUUGCAAUAACCUUAUAUUUUAAUCAGAUUUGAUCUCAGAAUUAAGAAUACCAUAUAAAAAACCGGCAAUGAAACUGUCAGACAGAUUGUCCUUCUGCUACAGUGCUGCAGUCAUGUCUCCGACUCAAAAGGGUGUGUUUCAAGUUCACGUAGUUUGCCAUGUCAACGAAGUCAUCAGACAUGGCAAUAGCCGUGUGUGUGUAACGUGUCACUGUUUGUAUUGGCACCACUUCGGGGAUAAAGAUUAGCAAUGUGCAGUUGGAACGUGACUUGUUUAAGACUGAAAUAACACAUGCACAUAAUUAGCCUAUAAUUCCAAGUAAAAGUUUAAUGAUCUGGUCUGACCAAAGUCUGUGAAUUCGAAGCCCUCUGUGUGUGUGUUGCAAAGAAAGAAUCCCUGAAAGUGUUUUCUUUCUUUACCGUGUAGAAGAGUAUUACAGAAGUGAUCAUGUAAAUCUGCUUUUGUGUGCAGUUAAGCAAUUCUUGCAUUGUAAUUAAGCCAUGUAAGAAAUGUAGACAUUUGAUCAGUGAAGUUCUGCCUGUCUGUCUGUGUGCUCUUGAAUUCCUUUACGAUGUUGAUUUCUAGAAGUCCCAUGUAAAUCAAACACUUCACUGUCUGUUCAUGAGUCUUUGUUUUUUGACUUUAUUUUUGUUCUGUACAUACAUGAACAUCUGUACAAAAUAUGACUUUCCUACUAUGUAAUGCUCUACCUAAUAAAAGUACAACUUAUGUACAUAUGACCUGGAAA